AAUGAUAUAUUAUUAUAGCAAUCAUCAACCAGUAGUCAUUAAAAUUUUAUGUUAUAAAUUUGAGCUUUUAGAUCAAGUUUUUCUCAUCAGCAGAGAAAAGAUAUAGAUAUAUUUUUGAAAAUUUUUAUGACAACUACAAUUACUCUAUAUCUAAAGUAAAAAGUUUAACAAGUAUAAAUUAAAGAGGGGGAUAUAAUAAAGUAUUAUACUUUCUUUUGAAUUAUUUUGGAAGGGGAGGUGAAAUAAUUAAAGUGAAUUGUGAAAAACUUGUUGAAACUUCAUACAGUCAACAGAUCUGCAAGUGAACGAAAUAUUAUUAGAAAAAAAUAAUCAAAGUUAUUGUGAAAAUAAAUACAUCAUAAAAAAAAUAAACAUAAAAUUUAUUGACUGCGGAAAUAGAAUAAAUUGUCAACAGAAAUAGAAAUUAAUACGCAACAUAUGUAUUUUAGGCUGAAAUAGAAAUGGGUCUAACUAUUAUAUCUUUAUGUAUUUUUAGCUUGAUGAUCAAGGGUUUUGAAGCUAAUGUUUAUUACAAAUCUUAUCAAGCAAGACCACAGGCUGCAAAUAUACCAGUACAAAAUAAUUGGCGUCCAAUAAUUCAAUAUGAAGCUUCUAAUAAAGAUUUAUACAAAAAAAAUUCAAAUGAUUAUCAUGCAAAUAUGGAAAUUAAAAAAGAAGAAUUUGAUACAUCAAGAAAAUAUCAACAGCCACAACAUUCAAGACAUUAUUAUGACUAUACACUACCAAGUAUUUUAGGUAGUUUUAGUGUAGUUGGUCAUCACAUGCCUGAUAAUCGUAAUACAAAAAAAAAUAAUUAUAUUCGUGAACCAAUGAAUAUUGGAGAGUUUAAUUUUUUAGUUCCACCAACACAAAAUAUCAUUCAAAUUGAAAAAGAUCCACGUCAAAAUAUUAAAACAAAUUUUGAUAUUAAUAAUAAACAAAAUUCUCAAUUUAUUAAUAAUAAAUAUGAAAAUAGUUUUACACAAUUACAAAGUCCAACUGAUAUUGUUCCAACACAUUCAAGUUUUAAUGUUAAAAAAAUUAUUCCACGUCCAGUUACAAUUAGCUAUCAAGAAGAAAUAAAUCCAACAUUUUCAAAUGUUAAAAAAAUUAUUUCACAUCCAGUUUCUAUUAAUUAUCAUGAUGAAACUAUUUUCCAGCCAAAAUAUGUAGAAAAAUAUAUUUUACCAAGUCAAAAUACAUCACAAAUAAAAUAUAAAAUUCAAUCAUUUGAUCAACAAAAUAAUUAUCAUGAUGAUCGUUUUAAAAGUACAGAAAAAUACAUACCAACAGCAAGCGAAUACGACACGACAUACAUAUCAAACAUUUCUCCUGAACAUAAGACUGUAAAAAAAAAUUGUGACGAACAAAAUCAUACGAUUGAAAUUCCAAUUGAAAGUAACAAUUCAAGUGAUUGGAAAGUUGUGUAUUUUCAACCUAAUAAAACUCAUGAAUAUAUUAAUAAUUCAAUAAAUUCAACUGAAUUUUAUUCACCAGAAUUAUUAAAAACAAGUGGUUUAGAUAAAUAUAAAUCAAAAGUAAAUGAUAGCUUAAGACAAAGUCUUUUAAAUAAACAAAAUAAAAUAACACUUGUACCUUCAAAUUUAAAUAAUGAAACACCAGAAAGUAUAUCAAUAAAACAUUAUGAUGAACAACAAUUAUUAAAUCAACGGCAAUUACAAAAACGUAAUAAAAAAAGAAAAUCAUCUUAUCAAUGUCAUGAUGGAAAUGUUGCUUGUAAUAAAAAUACAACAAAAAAUAAUACAUCAUUUAAUAAUUUACAUACACGUGAUUAUGAUGCUCAAAUGAUAAAUAAUUCAACGAAAAUGAUUUCAUCAAAAUUAAAUAGAAAUACAAGUAAAUUAACAACAAAUUCAGCUAAAAAUUUAACUGCUAAUAUUUCAACACCAAUGUCAUUAAUAAGCUCAACAAUUUUUGGUGAUUAUGAAAAGCCAUUAUCACGUACUGCAGAACCUUCAACAGAUGAUGAUGAUAAUAGUAAAAAAAUAUCUUUGAAAAAUUUUGAUAAUAUUAAUAAUGAAAAUGACAUUGUUACUGAAAAUAAUAAUUAUAAAAAAGAUUCAUCAACACAAUCAACAAUUGAACAGUAUUAUGAAAAUACAGACACUACUGUAAUGAGUCAACUUUCAAGAGACAAAAAAAUUAGCCAAAAUUAUGAAAAAGAUCCAAAAUUGCCAACAGAAGAUUCACAAAAAUUAAUUAAACAAUCAGAUGAAAUAUUAACAAGUGUAUUACCAAUAGCAACAACUCCUGUUUCAAUAACAGAAAAUCCAAAAAGAUUAAAAUCAACUAUGAGAAAUAGUUACUUGAAUCAUCAGAAAGAUAUUUCGAAAAUUCAAAAUGCUACAUUAAAUAUUUCAAGUAAAAUACAGACAUCAGAAACUACAUUAAAGCAACCAAUUGAAAAUAAAAAUAAAGCAGAUAAUUUUAAAUCAGAAAGUCUUGAAGAAAGUAUACUUGAUGAUAAUCAUAACUUGUCAAUAAUUCAAGUGUCGAAUGCACCUGUUAAUUAUAAAAAUAAAUCAACACGUUACACAAAUAUUCCAGCUCUAUCAACUAGUACAGAUAAAUCAAUAUUUUCAGAGUUAAAUUUUACUGAUAAUUUGGAGCCAAUUGAUGUUAGUGAAGAAUCAACAAUUAUGAAUCAACAGAGUGUGAAAAUAAAUGGAUAUGAACAUUCAUCAAAACAUGAUAAAUCACAAGAUUUAAUGGCAUCAUUAGAAAAUUUAUUUAACUUGACAAUUGAUAGCAAAAAAAAUAUUGAAACAACAACUAAUUCAAAAGUUGAAAAAAAAGAUCAUAUGACUCUUGUUACAGAAAAACUUACACUAACAACUUCAAUGCCUGUUAGAAAAAAUUCAAGAACUCGUAUAACAAAAUACAAUAAUGGAACACGUCCUCGUUUUAGUGUUAAAGAUUAUAAAAUUAAAAUAAAUCAAAAAAAUUUAACACAAAAUAAUUUAACAAAUUUAACUCAAUCAAUAAAAACAAAUGAUGAAAAAUAUAAAUCUUCAUAUAAAAAAUUACAUGAUAAAACAUCAACAACAAUGUCAAGUAAAAAUAUAAAUCCAACAAUUGAAAGUACAGAAAUAAUUCCAACUUCAAAAAUGAUGAGUAAUUUUAGUAUGAGAAGAAAAAAACCAUUGAUGUCACUAAAUUUAAAUAAAAAUAAUGUUACAUUACGUUCAAACAAUGACACAAAAUUGCACUCAAAUAAUUUACGAAUUAAAACAAUUCGACCAUUACAAUUACAACACAGAACAUUUGGUAAUAAUACUGAUUUUAAAAAAAAAAUUCAUCAUGGUAAUUUAACAGUAACACCAAAUACUUUAAGACCAUUAAAAAAAAUAGAUUUUUCGAAAAAUAGAAUUAAAAAUUUAAAUAUAUUUAAUAAUAAAAAAAAUAAAAAAAAUUCAACUGAAAAUGUUGAUAAUUUAGAUGUUACUGUUAUUCCAAUGAUGGAUCAGCAAUCAAGUGCAUCAGAAAUAAUAUUAACAACACAAAAAAGUUUUGAUGAAGAUGAUAUAUCAUCAAAGGUAUCUGAAAGUGUUGCUCAAUUAACAAAUUCUGCAUCAACACUUUAUGAUCAACCAGGAAUGUUUAAGGCAUUAUCAGUUUCUAGAAAAAGUUCGAUAAAACAUGAUACUAAUGUUGAUGUCUCGUGGGAUACACCAUCAUUACCAAUUGAAACAUUUUUUCAAGAUAUGGCUGAUCAAUAAUUUUUUAUGAAAUUCAUUUUAUAAUUUGAUAAUUUUUUUUUUCUUUUGAUAGAUUAUAAA